ACAUCUUUCCACGCUGCAGUCGUAUUACCGAACUCAUCACCAGUACUUGAAAGCAGCAUCAGACACUACCAAAGGACAAAACGUCCUUCCCGGCAUUUUCACGCGUUCCGUUGCCAUGGAGCUGAGUUUGUUUUCUUCCUCCGGUCUACACAAAGUGAGAGGUUGUGCUUUAAAAUAAAGUAAGGACCUUGUGGAGAAACUCGCCAUAAGUGUGACUGUCCUCGCUGUCAAGACGUGCUGGGUAUGUGAACAACAAAGUGCAAGGACUCAAAGUUUUCCAGCCCGGUAAGAAGCGCGUGCCAAACAAGGAAACACAGGGUGGCUAGCUAACGUUAUCUAUCCCGUUAACCUCAGUGUGCAGCCCCUGUCUGACCCCAUAAUGAGUGGCAGAGUAGCAGAGAGCCGCCUGCAGGUCCUUCAGAUCUACCGCCUGCUGCAGUGCGUCCGUGAAGGGGAUAAGGUGCAGAUAGAGAAGAUGGUGAACCUUGGGGUGGAAAACCUCAUCAAUCUCACUGAGCCACAAGACGGCACAGGGGCACUUCAUGUGGCAGUUUCAGCCAACAAUCAUGACCUGGUCAUCUUCCUUCUCUCCCAGGGAGCACACCCUGACGUCCAGGACAAGAAGGGCCACACUGCAGUCAUGUUAGCUGCUGAGCUCGGCAAUGAUGCCAUAGUGGCACUGCUGGCCCAGAGCCAUGCUAACCUGAGGCUCCAAGACACUGAGGGCAAAGGUGUGCUGUUCUACUGUAUCUACCCCACCAAGCGCCACUUCCGCUGCCUGCAGGUGGUACUGAAGUGCCACGCAGACGUCAACAAUGUGUCUGCGCAGGGGACUCAUGUCUUCCAGUUGAUGUGUGAAAAAGCCCAGGAGUGCACCCCCAUGUGUCUCAUCAUGCUGGAUGCAGGGGCAGACCCCAAUGCAACAAAUCAGAAAACUGGUGUCACAGCGUUGAUGGAGGCAGCCAAGGCAGGCUCCCUGCAGCUCGUUAAAACCAUUCUCAAGAGAGGGGGAAACCCCAAUGCCCUGGACCAAAAACGCCUCGCAGCAAUACACUAUGCCGCCAUGGGGGGCUUUUUUGAGGUGAUUCAGGUGCUGUCAGCAUACUCAGCAGACAUGGGCGUUAUCAACCUAGAGGACUGCACACCCCUACACUAUGCUGCUGCCACCGGCGAUGCUAAUUGCUGCAAGUUUCUGGCACAGAGAGGUUGUAACCCCAAACUGAAAAACCAGGAAGGUUUGCUCCCACGUCAGAUUGCCAAAGACGCUGGUCACAAAGCAGCAGCCAAGGAGCUGAAGAAAGCAGAGAGGCAACAAGGAAAAGGCAACAAAUCUAGCGGCGUCGGCCUCAUGUCAGAUCUUUGGGUCCUGACCCUCCAUGACUGGUCUCAUGAGUACGAGACUGAAUUACGGCAAGCCUUUGGGAACAAAUCAGACACAGUUACGACUGAGAUGUUUAUUUCAGUGUUAGAAGAACUAAAAGCUCCAGUCGAAGUAGACCAGCUGCAUACAGUCAUCUCAGCCCAUGACAAGGGAAGAGAGGGGUGUGUCAACAUUAAUGAUUUCAUCAGAGGUGUCAAGUACAUCAAGAAACCAUUCCUCCUCUCCUCUUAUAUGCCUAAAAAGAAAAAGGGAGAAAAGGGAGGAAAAGGAGGCAAGAAGAGGGGUAAAUUUGUCCUCCCUAUGCCCAUUUGCACCCUCCCGCCGGAGCUUAUGCCCCGGCGACCAGAUGGAGGCCCACCCCACUUCAUGAUUGAGACAUACUACAACUGCUCAGACAUCCGUCGAUUUGACCGUGAUCACCCGCCAGAACAUCCCAUAAUGAAUGACUCAGGAUGGUACAUAGAAAAGCCAGAUAAGGUCUACGUCAAUAUCAAUUACUGUGUGAAAAGUGGAGACCUGGAGUCUCUGGAGCUUGCUCUCAGUCAAGGGGUUCCUGUGGAUGUAAAAGAUCCGUUUUACAAGACCCCGCUGAUGGUGGCCUGCUCCAGUGGCAACUACGAGGUGGCUCAGUACCUCCUCAGUCGGGGGGCGGAUGUUAAUGUGCGUGACCAGUUCUUCUGGACGCCACUCCACCAUGCGGCUCACGCUGGACAAGUGGAACUUAUUGAACUUCUGGUGGAGGCCGGGGCCACCAUAGAUGCCCGGGCCCUCAGUGGAGGCACGCCCCUUAUGAGGGCCAUCGAGAGCUCUCGACCCUCCUGUGUGGACUUCCUCAUCAAGGCGGGUGCCAGUGUAAAUGCAGAGAACAAGAAAGAACAAAACUGCCUCGACAUUGCCAGAGCUUUUGCAGACUCCAGGAUAAUUGACUUGGUCAAAGACAAGAUGGAUUCUUUGCCUAAACCGAAGGAGACAGCAAAGGGAAAGGGGGGCAAAGCUCAAAAGCCUAAACCUGCUAAAGCUAAGGGCAUUGCUGCAGAAGGUAUAGAGCAAGCAGAGACAUCGACUGCAACAGCAGGAAAGACUCCUCCUCAGAAAGACUCAAAGAGCAUCAUCCUGCAAAAUACCAGGAUCACUACAGGGAAAACCAACACUGUGGAUAUCACCUUUGUGCCAAAAACGGUUUGGGGGAAGCCGCCCACCACCAACCAGCUUAUGUCAAAGAUAGAGAGGCAGAAGGAGCUCUUAUCCCUCGAGGUGGACUUUGACGACUUCAUGAUGCCUUUCAGCCAGAACAUCCAGAGGAAAACACUGGAGCUGGCAAAAACAACAGACUAGACCGAAAGGAGUGUGUGUGGUUUGGACUUCAGAGAGAGGGAGAGAGACACAGACAGUAAAUUAGGACAAGAGAGUGAGAGAGAGCGAGAGGGAAGCUGAUAAAAAGGAGCAGGAAACCAGACCAAACAUGGGCACAGGUGACGCACAGAGGAUACCCAGUUUCCAUAGCAACAGGCAGGUGCAAGACACUGGGAGUUAAUCUAGCUUUCGAUCUGUUGAGGUGAAACAUUUGCAUACACAUCACAGUGUGAGUAGUCCAAUAUACACACACAUAAACGCACACUAACACAAGAACAGAGCUAUGUAUGUGAUUCUUAGAGGGAAGUACACAACACACACAACAUGUGAAGAACCACACUGAGAUAAAUGUGAACAUGGUACCAGUAAUAGAGAAAAUGUGAUUGGCCAACCAGGACCCUGACCUAACUGACCCUACACACACAUACUGGGAAACGCCUGACACACUGAAGAUUCAGAGGGAUGGGAGGAAGAUGAAAGGGAGUUGACAAGAAGGGGAGAGGAGGAGAGGGAUGAGGCAGGAGAGUGAGAUUAAAGGAGAAGUGGAGAUAGGGGAAAGGAGCGUUGAUACGGACCCUGGGGGUAAAAUACCAUGAAGAGGAGGGAAAAGACAGAGAGGAGGAGAGCAGGUUGAGGAGGAAUGGGUUAUUGCAUGGUGAGGAGCGAGUGAAAGCGAGGAAAGAGGUUGAGAGGGAGGAACAGGAGAGGAGGAGCUGAGAAGGAGAAGUACAAAGGAGGAAAAGGAAGUGAAGGCAGCUAUAUACGGUACAUUUUUGGGUCCAGAAAAGAGCUGUGCGGGCUUCUGAAGCACAGGCUAGUUGUUGGGUAUAUUGUUUUGCAGGUAUUUGAUCAUAUACUAGAGUAUUGGAAAAUAAUAAUUUUGACCUGAUGAUGGCGCUAGAUGAAAAGUGAAGGGAUCAUCAAAGUUUUUCAGUUUAUCCUGAGGGGUUACAUGAGUGUCUGUACCAAAUUUUAUGGCAAUACAUCCAAUAGUUGUUAAGAUACAGGGCCGGACCUAGCAUUUUUGGAGCCCUAAGCGAAAUCUGUUCUGGAUGUCAGUCAUCAAGUCCUGUCGUGAUCAGUUUGUAAUUUUUCUGGGAGAAGAGCUUGCAGCAAAAGCAGUAAAGGCCAUUGUUUUUCUAUGAAUACAUCAGCCAGCUUCUCUUCAUUUCUUCCCCCCCCCCCAUUUAUUAGUUUCCUGUGAAAGAUGUGUUGGUGGCAACUUCUUCCAUCCUCUCUUUUAGGAAAAGUUAAAUCCUCUUUUAACUAAUGGGGACCUCUGCUGACAAACUCUGUUCUCACCUUAUCUGACAGGACUGGACAAUCAGCAGAGUCAAUAUGUGCUGCCUUAGGCUGUGCUCUACCUGUACAUGAUGUAGAGGUGGAUGUCUCUCCAUCGGGAGCUAAUGUAGUGGGUGAACAUAGGGAUGGUGGUAUAAUUUGUUUACCUGCAGGCAAAGACAGACAUGCAUGUACAUAUACCCAAUGUGUAUGUUGCUCAGAAAUAAACCACAUUAAUUAAUACAAAUAAGUAUGCAACUGUGAGUUGUGUUAAUAAUAACUCAAUUUCACAAUCAACAAACCAUCCUGACUAAACUCACCUGCUGCAGGCAGUGAUGGCAAAGUAAAAGAUGAAGGGUCUAUACUUUGACUUCCUUCCCAAGUAGCAGUCGCUGGGUUGUGCAGUAUUGUCUUUCAGUUCCAAAUACAUACUCCUUUCAAGUGCCUGGCUGUUCAUUUAUGCAGAACACAUUUUUAUAAUAUCUCAUAAUAUAUUUUAAUUUAAAACUAUAACCCUGGUUUUAUCCUAUACACAAAAUUAUUUUAUGUCCAUUGCUGAUUGUAAAUUAUCAAGUCAGAGAGAGGGAAACAGAUAAUAACAGGUUAAUAACAGGUAGCUGAUUCAUCAACAGCAGCAGCUCGGCUGCCAUCUCCCCAUGUUAGCUUAUUUAUAAUAUCCGUUCGUAGUCCGUGACUGAAGCAACGACUCACCACGACCACUGCUUAAAGUUGAAUCGCUUCUAGGAAGUCUAUAUUCGAUUAUUCAACAUAGCAAUCAUGCACUCGACCUGGGCCGAGGCAGACAUGGCCAGGGAUAGGGACCUGGUAUUAGCUAGCUGCUAGCUAAGCUUAAAUAGGUAGCUUUGCUUGAUAAUAAUAAUGGCGUCAUUAUACAUACCUCUGUAUUUUGCUCUCUUUUCAUCAUCUUCCUUCUUCCGCUUUCUCCCCUGUGCACCAGACGGCUUGGACCUCUUCAUCAUUAAUGAACAAGAAAAAAGACUACCGUUUUGAUAUCUUUCCGAAUCAUUUUCCAAUCACAUUUUAAGCUGUCACUUAUUCACCUGUUUUGCUCUACUCUUGGUCGUCCGUGGAGGGAGUUGUGGUGGCUGCAGCCCCCCCUGCUGGCUUGAGUGAAACAUAUAAUUUUACCUUUUUAAAUAAUCUCUGGAAAAAAUAAUGUUAACAGUGUCUGCCUGUGGAUGCGUUAUUCUGUUGUGGUUCAAGUAUGAAAAAUGUG